AUGAAGUUCCUUCAACCCAUAUUCCUUAUUUUAAUCGGUUGUGUAUUGUCAUCUUUGGCAACUACAUCUAAUCCAGAUUACCAACUUUAUUUGGUCAAUCAACUUCGUGCAUCUGUCGGUUCACCACAAUUAAGAAUGAGUCAAUGUUUAAUGAACUCUGCUCAAUUUCAUUCAGUUUAUCAAGCUAGUAUUCAAACAAUGACACAUAAUGAUCCAAUUGGUAGUUUAUUCGACCGUAUGGGAGCUUAUGGUAGUUUUAAUAUGUUUUAUGCUUUGGAGAAUGUAGCGUCUGGUCAGACUAGUGAUGAUAUGGUAUUUAGUUCCUACUAUUACAGUCCAAAGCAUUAUGCCAAUAUGAUUGAUCCCAAUGUCCAAUAUGCUGGUUUUGGUAUGGCUUUUGAUGUCAACGGUGUCGCAUACUGGACACAACAAUUCAUCAGAGCUUCAUGCAACCAAGUCUACACCCCAUCUACUUCAACCUCGUCCAAUACUGGUGCCACUCCAUCCACAUCAUCAUCACCAACCACAACUACAAACUCUAACAAUUCUGAUGGUGGUUCUCAAUCCACUUCUACUACUGGUAGUUCGACUACUGGUAGUUCUGGAUCCACCACAUCGACUACCUCUACCACUACUGGUACUCCAGCUGUUCCACCUCCACCCACAACUACCACCACUGGAUCCACCACAUCGACUACCUCUACUACUACCGGUACUCCAGUUCCAUCAACUACUACUACCACUACCGCUAGUACAUCUUCAUCUGGUGGUUCAUCUGGAGCAACUCAUGUCACCACUUCUAGUACUACUACCACUACUACCACUACUGGUACACCUGGAAAGAAUUCAACUACUACUACUGGAUCAUCAAGUACUAUUGACCCAUCAAGUGAAUCUUCAUCAUCAUCACAAGAUGAUUCAUCCAAUUCUUCCAAUUCACAAGAUUCACAAAGUGGUGAAACUGAACCAAACAAUCAACAAGGAGAAGAAUCAGAUGAGAGUUCUGGUAAUAGUUUAGAUAGCAAUUCUGCAAUAACUACCACUUUUGCUAUUUUCUCUACCAUUCUCAUUGCAAUUAUCAUGUCAUUUUAA